AUGGAGAACGAAGAUCGAGUCAUUGCCGCCGUCGAAGCUGAAGUCAUCGCCGAUCGGACCGAACGCUGCUCGAACCUGCCCGUCACCGCCGACCAGGUUCGUCAUCACACCCGCAUGGAAACGCUUCUCCAAGAACAAGGAUCGCGAAGCCGAUUGCACUUCGACACCGAGAAGGUAGUUCCAGCCUCUUUGGCAAUCGCUGAAAAUUCGCAUGUUAUUCUGCUGACCAGAUGCCGAUGA